AUGGCCCCAUCCAUCUUGGAUCCUGACGAUGCCACGUCAGCUGUACCCGAUACGCUAGACGAUUGGUACGAUGGCGUCACUCCGGCUUCCUCCUUCGGCGAAUUCCGUCGCAGCGCCGCCGUGACCAACGAUUAUGCCGCGCUCCGGCGUCGGUUGACGAUGCGUCAGCAGUCGAUGAUGCGCCAGCAGUCGAUGGGUCAGCCGUCGACGCGUCAGCCGUCGACGCGUCAGCAGUCGACACGUCAGCAGUCGUCGCGUCAACAGCAAUCCUUCACUGGCUCGCGAUCGUUUAUGAAUCACCCUUCCCUAGUAGUAGCCCCCUCGCCGAACAGCCCUACCGCUAGCGACAGGAGUGCUGCGAAUAUUCCAGAAAGGGACUCGUUAGAGAGCAGCGCGAUACCGAGUAGUAGCGCGUCCGGUGGCGCGCCGAUGCUGUACCAAGUCGGGUCGAUCAACGAAGGCGCUGAGCCGGAAGCGGAAAAAACGGAGGAGCAGGAGCCAGUGCGCGGGGAAGCUGACGGACAAGAAGCGCGCAGCGGGGAUGGCCACGGGGAGACCGCGCCCGGGGGAGCCAGAGAAGGGGGGGAUGAAGCGAGCAGCGGGCAGAGAGCCAGGCGGGCGAAACUCGGGCGAGUGAGCUUCGCUGCUGGCACGUGGCAACUCGGCGUUGACGGCGCAAUGGAGGAGGUUCAUAACGAGGACAAAGCGGCAGGCGACACCACAACGAAUGCACAGUUCGGGGAGGGGCAAAGCGGGGCCGGUCUCGGCCCUGACACGUGGCACUCCCCCGCCACUGGCGCAUUCGUUCCUUCCGCUUCCGCCGCUUCCUCCGCGUUCCCCGGCGAUUCCGACGCGGAAGAGCCUAGUACGGGCCUCAGCGGCCCGUCGUCGUCGGCCUUUUACAACGAGCUGUUCGGGAUUGGCGAGGCGCCGUUGAUCAACCUGAUCCGACGGUACCACGACGCGCUCACCGCGCACGGGCUCGCGGACGAGGCGCAGGAGAUCGCCGCGUCCGCCGCCGCGCGCCUCGUGAGCAUCAAGAGCAUGGCCCACGUCUCAGUGACAAAGAAGGUGGUGGUCAUUCCGGAUCAAACCAAAAACUGCUUCAACGCGCCCUAUUUCAAGCUCAAGGCCAUCGCGGGCUUUCAGAGGAAGGAGACCAUUCACGUGCUCGACGACGUCUCGGGGGUGCCUGGGUUCGCAUGUCCUGCGCUGCACACUGUAUCUCACGCCCAUGUGUUGCAUCGCAGGGUGCGUCUCCUGCUCUCUGCUCUUCCUCAUGCCAGGGACCCUCACACUCCUCCUGGGAACCUCAGUCCUCAGGUGGGCCUCAGGUGGGCCUCAAGUGGGCCUCAGUUGGGCCUCAUGUGGGCCUCAGGUGGGCCUCAUGUGGGCCUCAGGUGGGCCUCAUGUGGGCCUCAGGUGGGCCUCAUGUGGGCCUCAGGAGUGGCAAGUCAUGCUGAUCAAGCUGCUUGCCGGCCGUUUGCCAGCCACCACGGGCAACGCCCUCCCCAUCACGCCCUCCCUACACUAAUCAUCCACUCCCCCACUUCUUCCCUCCCCAUGGCCCCACAGGAGUGGCAAGUCAUGCUGAUCAAGCUGCUCGCCGGCCGUUUGCCAGCCACCACGGGCAUCGCCGUCCCCAUCACGCCCUCCGUGCCCUGCUACAUCCACACCUACCCCACUUCUUGCCUCCCCAAUGCCCCACCCACAGGCAGCGCCAAGUCAAUGCUAAUCAAGCUAUUAGCCGGCCGGCUACCAGCCACCACGGGCAUGGUCGUCUUCAACGCGUUGCCCAUCACAUCACGCCGUCCCGCGCGCACCGCCUUGUGGGGGUGGGAUUUAAAGGGGACUGCCACCUGCCCACCCUCUCCGUACACGAGAGCCCACAAGACCCUCACCUUCACCUGUUGUGCUCCAGUCCCUCAACCCCAGCCCUUCUUUCCAUCCUCCUGCCCGUCCUCUCCCCCUUUUCUUCCCUGUACUCCCACAGGCAGCGGCAAGUCAAUGCUGAUCAAGCUGCUAGCCGGCAGACUACCAGCCAAUACCGGCACCGUCUCGUUCAACGCCGUCCCCAUCACGCCGUCGCGCGCGCACCGCCUCGUGGGGGUGGGCUUCGAAGGGGACUGCCACCUGCCCACCCUCUCCGUUCACGAAACCCUCGAAUUCGCGCGCCACUGCUCGUACCCUCUCUCGUCCAAGCAGCUGCUGCAGCACCCCAUGCUGAGCAAGGCACUGCGGGCGAGCAUAGAGAGAGGCGAGGACCCUCUAGUGGCGUCCCGUGAGGCCAUGUUUGGGCUGCGCAGGCACGCGGGAGUUAGGGUGGGGUCGGGAGCAUUGACUCGGGAUGAGGUGCACCGGCUGACUGCUGCUGAGCUGAUGGUUGGGUCAUAUCCGGUGCUGUUGUUUGAUCGCAUCAGUCAGGUGUAUGAUGGGCCCUCAACGCACAAGACGCUCACCAUGCUGCGCACCCACGCCCAGGUGCGGCAGCACGCGGUGCUGUGUUCACUGCAGUCGCCCACACAGGCCGUCUUCUCCCUCUUUGACCGCGUCAUCGUGCUCAACCAGGGCAACAUCGUCUAUCAGGGGCCCUGCCACACCGCUCUCAGGCACUUCCAGCAGCUGGGCUAUCUGAAGCCACUACACAUGUCAGUGCCAGAGUACCUGCAGCAUGUCACCACGGAGGGAGGGGGGGCUCUCAGGUCGGGCAAGAGAAAACUGCUGCUUGAGGGCUUUGUGCGUUCAUACAAGAAGUCCCCUCAUUACAAGAACAUCCUCCGAGUCACAAGCCACUCCACGCCCCUCCUCCUCCUCUGGAUCUCCGGGCCGGCAUGCCACGUCCUUUCCCGCAUCCGCUGCGCCAUCGCUGACGUGGCACCUGAUGCCACAUCAGCAAGCGCCAGCGCUCCAAACGCCGCCACAUCAGCGUCAAACGGCGAGAGAAACAGCAAGCAGCAGCAGCAGGGCGGUGCAGCAGCGACCAGCGGGGCAGCAGAGAGCGCAGCAGGAGGAGAAGCAAAAGGGCCGGGAGUGUCAUCAUCGUACCAAGCAGUAGUGGUGACAGAAUCCCGAGUGGUAUUUGAAGAGGACGGAGGGAACGGCGGAGCGGGGACAGCAGCAGGCGGCGGAAAGCGCGGGAGAGGAAGGAGACGGGCAGAGGGAGGGCUGUUGGAGGACGGGGUGGAGGCAACGGGACCGGUGUGUGUGGGGGAUGUGGUGGUGGCAGUGACGGUGGGCGAUCGGGGUGAGAUGGAGUAUGCCAAGUAUGCGGGCGGGGAUGUACCGGGGGAGGAGAUCAUGGAGAUGCUGGAAGAGGUGAGGGACAGCUCCACGUGGUUGCACCUGGAACUGCAGCGACCGCUCAAUAUAGUCACACAGCAGAACUCCACAGUGACACAAGAAGAACCCGGCCAGGAAGCAGCCACCCAAGGCGGCUGCAGCAGCGGCGACGCCAAGAGGGAGGAAGAAGCGGAGCAGCUGAUAGGCAGCUGCACCGCCCAGGCGCCCACUGACUUGGAGGCACAGGCAGGCUGUGGUGGUGCGAGUGCUGGUGGCGCUGAUGGCAACGAUACCCGUGUUGACAUCCAUGACAGCCAUGCUGGCGCUGAUGACACCCACGCUCUGGUUGCCCACAGUGCCAGGCUCGACAGUGCCGAACCGGGCGCGGCAGGUCCGGGCGACGAGGGAGAGCAUGGAAUAGGAGAAGCAGCAGCAGGGGGCAUGAAGCGGAGCAAGAAGGGGGGCAUUCAUGCCAUCAGUAAAGCCUUCAAGAGCAUCAGCCUGUCUGCACUCAAAGGCCUGCAGGGCAGCAGCAGGAGGAGCGGGGACUUCAUCCAGCUUCCGGGCAAGGGCGCCGCGCAGGCUCUUAAAGCCUUCAACUUGUCGGCUGCUGCCGCGGCGUCGCGGGCGGCGGCGAUGGCGGGGCUGUGGGGCGGGGAGAACAGGGAGUUGCUGCGCAAGGAGUUGAUUCUGGACAUGUGGCCCGAGUUCAAGCUGCUGCUGAGGAGACAGCUUCGGGUGAAUCUGAGAAAUUGGAGCUUCAUUGCUGCCCGCCUUCUGCUGGUCACCCUGCUGGGCCUAUUCGUGGGAUUUGAUUUCUUCCAGCUCCCAGCCGAACCGCCCUCCUUUGCGCACCUGAACCUGCGGAGGGGAGUGAUGCAGAUCUCACUCAUCACCAUGACCGUCAACAACGUCAGCCUGCUGCCGGGCUACAUGCUGGAGCGCCAGGUGUACUUCAAGCACCGCAGCGCCCGCUUCUUCCGCACGCGCUCCUACGCUCUCGCUCAGCUCAUCGCCAGCUUACCGCUCUCCAUUGUCGAGGUGGGUGGGGCUCAUUUUGAGGAGGCUCAGAAUGUGUGGGGUGGGGUGGAUGUUGAGAUGAAGCUCAUCGCCAGCCUGCCACCGUCCAUUGUCGAUGUGGGUGGGUUGGUGGGGCAGAUUGUUGCACAAGACUUGGAUGAAAAGCAGUUCAGCAGCCUCCCUUUCUCCCCCCCCCAACAGGCGACCAUCUGGUCGGUGCUGGUGUAUUUCCUCUCGGGCCUCACGCUCUCCGACUACGGAGCGCACUUCUUCAUCUUCCUCGCAGUCCUCUCCCUCGUCGCCAUCCACGGCGCAGCCAUGAUCCGCUUCAUCGCCUUCACCUCCCGUACCCUCCGCUCCGCGGCCUUCGCCGCCGCCAUCUUCAUGGGUCCCUGCAUGUUCCUCUUCGGCCACAUCCUCGUCGCGAAGGCGCUUAUACCGAACUUCUGGAUCUGGCUAUACUGGAUCAACCCGAUGCAGUGGGCUUCCACAGUCCUCGCGAUCAACGAGCAGAGAAAGUACAUUCCCGUGCAGUUCUGUCCGGCUCCCGCGCUCGUCCCAACCAGCAUGCCAUACUGUGUGGGGAGGGAGCACUGGCCUAUCGGCCGGGCAUACAUGGAAGAAUACAGCUGGAAUUACGAAUGGGGGUAUUUGAUUGCAGGGCCGUUUGUCAUCCUCGCGUGGAUCGCCAUUUGGACCGUGGGCACCUUUCUGAGCAUGCGGCCGCAGCACUACAGCAAAUUCGCUGCGCCUGUCAAGGUGCUGUCUGAGGCCAAGCGCGGGGCGAAGCGGGUUGGUGUAAGGGAGGAGGAGAAGAGGGAGGGGAAUGGGGGAGGAGCAACUGGGGGUGCAGUAUCAAGGGCUCUGGGGGCAGUUACAGCUGCCUUGGGGGGCUCAUGGCAGGGGAAGGGCAGCGGGAAGGAGGCAGCAGCAGCGGGCGGAGGAGAGGGUGGGUCCCAAAAGGAGCGUGCUGCAGGAGCAGAGGAGCAGGGAGGGAUGGGAAGCCAUGCGAGUUACAGAGACGUGGAGUGGGGCCCUGCUCCUGGUUCUGCGGUUUCCAGGGGUGGUUACGGCAGCUCAGCACCAGAAGAAGCAGCAGCGGCAGCGGAUGCAGCGGCGGCGGCGGCGGCAGCAGCGGCGGAGGCAGCGGGGGCAGCAGAGGCAGCGAUCAUGGACUGUAACAUCCCCUUCAACCCCUACAUCAUCACUUUUGAGAACCUCUCCUGCUCCGUGCCGCUGCCUGGCCCGCCUGAUAACGCCUGGGGGAGGUCGUCGGUGGGUGUUAGUGGUGAGGAGAGGAGGAGGAGCGAUGCCAGCCGGAGCCUGGUGCGGGGCGUGACUGGGUGGGUGAAACCGGGGGAGGUGACAGCUGUGUCGGGUGGCAGGGGCACCGGCAAGACCACCCUGCUCAACUGCCUCGCAGGUCGCAAGAUCCCAGGGCAGGUGAAUGGGCGCCUACUAGUCAACGGCAAGCCACGGGACCUCCCCUCAUUCCUGCGCACGACAGCAUACAUUCAAGGCGCUGACCUCUACUACCCUCUGCUCACCCUGCGAGAGAGCCUGCUCUACCGCACCACCCUCACUCUGCCCAACCAAGUACAAGACGAGCAACGCCGCGCAUUUGUCGCGCAGAUUUUGUCUCUUAUGGAGUUCAAGGGCGGCAUGGCGGACAGCCUGGUGCAGGAUAUUCUGGCGGACGGCGUGGGGUCGGCUUAUGUGGAGAAGCGGAUCGUGUUUGCGAUGGAGAUGGCGGGGAACCCGAGUGUUGUGUUCUUUGACAUGCCGUUUCUACGCAUGGACACCACUGAGGUGGCCAAGUUUUCUGGCAUGCUCAAGCACGUGGCGGCGGCAUGGGGGAGGGCGAUGGUGGUGGUGUCGAAUGCGGUUACCGCCUUCCAUCUCAAUGCCUUCCACUCACUGCUCAUGAUGGGCAGCGGGGGCGGCAUGGUCUACUUUGGGCCUGCGGGGAGGAACGGGAAGGCGCUCGUGGAGUACUUCUCGGCCAUCCCAGGCACGCCCCCAGUGCCCCCACACACGAACCCCAUCAUAUUCAUAGAGCACCUUCUAGGAGAUGACUCCAGCACCCAGCAGCGAGCCACAGUGUGCGACUAUGCCGUGGAGUAUCGUGUUUCCGACCUCGCCAUGCUCAACGCCCACCGCCUCUCCGCUCUCAGAAGAGCCUCCGCUGCAGUAGCAGAAGCGAUAGCAUCAAACGCAGCAGAAUCACACGCAGCAGCAGCCGCAGCAGAAUCAGAAUCAGCAGCACCAGCAGCGGCAGCAGCAGCAGCAACAGCAGCAGAAAGCGCGUCGAACGAACAAGCCGCGCCGGGCGAGGCGCUGCUGCUGAUGCUGGCGGCGCCGCCGGUGACGGUGAAGCUGCCGAGCCCGUGGCGCAAGCUGAUGGCGGUGCAGUACAGCAUCCACCUCUUCUACUGGCGCAACACCUCGCACUCCCUCAACCGCAUCGUCCAGUCCUCCAUCCUCGGCCUCCUCAUCGGCUCGCUCUUCUACCACUACCCCGUGCACAACCUGCUGCAGGCCACCACAGCACAGGCCUUCCCCUUCGCAGUGCUGGCGUUCGGCACGACGCUGCAUGGAGGCACGGCGGUGGGGCUGGUGAAUCAGACCAAGAAGGUGUUUGCGCAGGAGCGCAUUUACAACCAGCACUUUGCCUUCCUCUACACGCUCGGCUACACCGUGGUUGAGAUCCCCUACCUGCUGCUCACCUCCCUCGCGCUCGUGUCGGUGGCGGCACCGCUGGCAGGCCUGGCAGUGGGCAGUGCGGGGGCGUUCUUUGCCUUCGCUCUCACUCAGUUCCUUGCUGCCCUCUCCGUCACCUACUUUGGCUUCCUGCUCUCCGUCGUCCUCCCCCAGCCCAAGUACGCAGCAGUGGUGAUCUCGUUCCUCAUCACAGCGUGGGUGGCGACGUGCGGCUUCUUCCUGCCCUACGCCUUCACCAAAAACUUCUUCCUCGCAGUCUACUGGACCAACCCCAUUCAGUACGCUCUCAACGGCCUCACAGCAACAUCAUACUACUGCGACACCUCUGCACCGGAGUGCACCCUUUCGGGCUGCCCCGGCACAGCCUGCACCAGCUGCCCAUGCAAGUGGUACCUCAACCCCAUCAGCGGCCCCGAGUAUCUCUGGAACUUCCUCGUGGCAACCAAGUCAGCGCGCAGCAACGUGCACUGGGACUGGCUCUUUCUCAUCUGCUUCUGCAUCUUCUGCCGCGUCACUGCCUUUGCUGCGCUGCGCUUCCUGCGUCAUAACCACCGCGCAUGA